CUUAAUGCCUCCAUUUGUAACAGCAUUUAAGUUCGUAUCAGUGCACGAAGCUCACGCCUCUUCUUGUCGCUAUGCCCCGUGCCAAGGCCAAGAUGAAGCUAAGGGCAAAGCGCGCCACGAGCAAGACGCCCGGGCCUAGCUCAAGGACACACACGACUUUCCGCAAAUGGGAUCAUGUUCCUCGUCUCGUGGUAUUCGAUCUGGACUUCACGUUGUGGUACCCUGAGAUGUACGAGCUGUGGGGAGCUCCGUUCAAGAAGAAUCCCACAACGGGGGUCGUUACGGACUGCAGAGGGGAGCAAGUGUACUUUUUUGGAGCCGUUCAUACGGUAUUGAGCAUCUUGGAGACAGAUCCACAGUUCCGAGACACGACUGAGGUGGCAGUGGCCUCGAGGACGACGGAGCCCAAAUGGGCCAAGACCUGUAUGCGUCUCAUGGACGUGGAUAUCAGGGGCGUGUCUUCGAAGGGUGUCAAAGAAGAAGAGGACGAAGAAACGGAAGAGAACGACGAUGAAGAGGACGAGGAGAUGGAGAAGACGUCGCUGCAGAGUAUUGUGGACUACGAGGCCAUUUAUCCGCGCAAUAAGCGGGUGCAUUUUGAACAAUUGAAGAAAGACAGCGGCAUUCCGUACGAAGACAUGCUCUUCUUCGAUAAUGAGUACGGUAACGUGCACGAUAUUCAGAAACUCGGUGUCACGUGCGCGUAUUGCCCCCAAGGACUCACAGAGGGGUCGUGGAUCCAGGGAAUGGAGGCAUUUCAAGCUGCCAAGCGAAAGUAAAGCAAUGAAUUAGAACCUUGUACAGACUCAUUGCAAUAUAUUCGCAUGCUACCAUACUCACUGCAUAGUUGAACAUCAGCAUGCAGAGCACUUGCAGCCCCACCUCCAAAAAUUGGUAACUUUACAUACCUAUUUUGGUUUAUUUACGUAUCAAAAAUGACCAAUUUUUGUGCCACGGC